CUCUUGCAGCUGAGAAGAUCGUCGUCUCAAAUAUGUUGCAGUCAAAAAGAUUUUUGUCUCAAGUAUAUUGUAGCCGAGAAAAUCGUCGUCUCAUAUAUAUUGCAGCCGAGGAUGUCGUCGUCUCAAAUAUGUUGCCGCCGAGGAGGUCGUCCCCUCAAAUAUGUUGCAGCUGAGAAGAUUGUUGUUCUUAAAUAUGUUGCAGCAGAGAAGAUCAUCGUCUCAAAUAUGUUACAACCGAGAAGAUCGUCGUCUCAAAUAUGUUGCAGCCAAAAAGAUUUUUAUCUCAAGUAUAUUGUAGCUGAGAAUGUCGUUGUCUCGUGCAACCCAGAAAGUCGUCGUCUCAUAUAUAUUGCAGCCGAGGAUGUCGUUGUCUCAAAUAUGUUGUCGCCGAGGAGGUUGUCCCCUCAAAUAUGUUGCAGCUGAGAAGAUUGUCGUUCUUAAAUAUGUUGCAGCUGAGAAGAUCGUCGUCUCAAAUAUGUUACAACCAAGAAGAUCAUCGUCUCAAAUAUGUUGCAGCUGAGAAGAUUAUCGUUCUUAAAUAUGUUGUAGCAGAGAAGAUCAUCGUCUCAAAUAUAUUACAACCGAGAAGAUUGUCGUCUCAAAUACGUUGCAGCCAAAAAGGUCGUCGUCUCAUAUAUGUUGCAGCCGAGGAUGUCGUCGUCUCAAAUAUAUUAUCGUCGAGAAGGUCGUCCCCUAAAAUAUGUUGCAGCUCAGAAGAUUGCCGUUCUUAAAUAUGUUGAAGCAGAGAAGAUCAUCGUCUCAAAUAUGUUACAACCGAGAAGAUUGUCGUCUCAAAUAUGUUGCAGCCAAAAAGAUUUUUGUCUCAAGUAUAUUGUAGCCGAGAAAGUCGUCGUCUCAUAUAUAUUGAGACGAGGAUGUCGUCGUCUCAAAUAUGUUGCUGUCGAGAAGGUCGUCCCUUCAAAUAUGUUGCAGCUGGGAGGAUCUUCACCAUCAUCAUCAUCUUCAAUGUGUUGCAACAGAGAGGAUCAUCAUCUUCAUCUUCAAUGUGUUGUAGCGGAGGAAAUCAUCAACUUCAUCUUCUCACAAAUGUUGCAGCCGAGAAAAUCAUCAUCUUCAUCUUCUCACAUAUGUUGCAGCCGAGAGGAUCAUCAUCUUCAUCUUCUCAGAUAUGUUGCAGCCGAGAGGAUCAUCAUCAUCAUUUUCAUCUUCUCACAUAUGUUGCAGUCGAGAGGAUCAUCAUCUCAUUUUCAUCUUCUCACAUAUGUUGUAGCCAAGAGAAUCUCCACCAUCAUUUUCAUCUUCUCACAUAUGUUGCAGCCGAGAGGAUCUUCAUCAGCAUGUUCAUCUUCUCACAUAUGUUGCAGCUGAGAGGAUCUUCAUCAUCAUCUUCAUCUCACAUAUAUUGCAGUCGAGAGGAUCUUCAUCAUCAUCUUCAUCUCACAUAUGUUGCAGCCGAGAGGAUCUUCAUCAUCAUCUUCAUCUCACAUAUGUUGCAGCCGAGAGGAUCUUCAUCAUCAUCUUCAUCUCACAUAUGUUGCAGCCGAGAGGAUCUUCAUCAUCAUCUUCAUCUUCUCACAUAUGUUGCAGCCGAGAGGAUCUUCAUCAUCAUCUUCAUCUCACAUAUGUUGCAGCCGAGAGGAUCUUCAUCAUCAUCUUCAUCUCACAUAUGUUGCAGCCGAGAGGAUCUUCAUCAUCAUCUUCAUCUUCUCACAUAUGUUGCAGCCGAGAGGAUCUUCAUCAUCAUCUUCAUCUCACAUAUGUUGCAGCCGAGAGGAUCUUCAUCAUCAUCUUCAUCUCACAUAUGUUGCAGCCGAGAGAAUCUUCAUCAUCAUCUUCAUCUCACAAAUGUUGCAGCCGAGAGGAUCUUCAUCAUCAUCUUCAUCUCACAAAUGUUGCAGCCGAGAGGAUCUUCAUCAUCAUCUUCAUCUCACAUAUGUUGCAGCCGAGAGGAUAUUCAUCAUCAUCUUCAUCUCACAUAUGUUGCCGAGAGGAUCUUCAUCAUCAUCUUCAUCUCCAAAGCAGUGCAGCGAAACCAUCAUCAUCUUCAUCUUCAAGGCAGCGCAGCGAAAUCAUCAUCAACUCCAUCUUCAAUGCGGCACACUCGAUCAAUCAUCAUCGUCUCCAUGCGGUGUAGUCGAUAGAACAAUCAUCAUCGUCUCCAUGCGGUGUAGUCGAUAGAACAAUCAUCCUCAAAUUUGUUCAAGCGGCAAUCCAUCCUCAAAUUUGUUCAAGCGGCAUCUCGAUCCUCAAAUUUGUUCAAGCGCAUCAUCUACACA